AUGUUACCGAACAGUCAGGCCCAAACUCCAACGACGCGAGUCACUUCGCAGUCUGUUGUCCCACGCGACAUUACAGAGAAAUUCACACAAGCUGCAUCAAGAUUAAAAACAGGGCAGCUUGUUAAGGAUGAAUACUUUACGCUUUUCGAGGCAGUGGGUGCAUUGGAGAUCAUGGACUCGAAAAUGGAUAGCGGAUACCUGGGCCCCGAGGAAGACGAGCAAACUCUAGAUGACGACUACGAUGUCUUGCGCGACCUGACUCCCGAACAAGUAGUAGGAAUCAUGGAUGAGUUACUGUGCCAUGAGAUGGCAUGGCAUAUGGGGCACCCUCUUUCGCAAACCCUCUUCACGUCGCUAUACCUCGAUAAGCUCCUCUGGCCUGUGCCGAGGAUUUUUGAAGACACCCAUUUUGGACGCGGAAGGGGUCCCGGUGAGGAAGCCGGGUCAGAGUUGGUACAUAUAGUGCUGCGUUCGUACUGCCUUGGACUAGUCAAGUGCUGCGACUUUGUGCAUACGCGAGUGACUGCUGAAUUCUUUUACGAGGAAGAAGACUUCAGCACGCAGCUGUAUAACCGCUCAUUAUUAUCACAUUUUGAGUACGGACUUUUCUGCAACCUUUUGGACAGGGCGAUUUCCUGGAUCGAUGAUCAACCUACAGUAGACGAAACUGUGAAAAAUGCGAUAAGGGCGCGGCUAGAGUUCAGAUUGAAGUUUCUCUUGGGGCUACAGCAGGAUAUCAACAUCAUGCAGACAAGAUCGGUUGAUCACUUUGAGGCCUGCUUGUCGCUAUUACCCACUUUGCAACAGUCCAGCCGCGCAGGCCAACCCGUGUCUGAAGCCUUUAGCUGGAAGAUACAACGAAAAUUGGCCAGCACGGUACCUCCGCGGCCAAUGGUAACGAUCAGCCUGGAAGAUGCGCUGGCGCAUCUCAAGCGGCUAUUCCAGGAUGGGAUCCAUCUCAGUCAGGUUCUUGACUACCAAGGCCCAUACAACCUCAGGGUGGCUAUCUGGACUUUUCUCUCGCGAAAACCCCAACCUUUGGUCUAUAUCCGAUCCCUAACUCAAACCAUUAUCAUGAACAAAUCGAUCAUCCUCGGGACCAUUCCAGUGAAACAGUUUCUCUAUGACGAGUUGGCGUCCCUUGUUUUACCCUCAAGUAUUCUGCUUGAGGCAAAUCUUGAUGAAACCGAAAUGCCUUCCGAUCCUCGCUUCCAAAUUGCUCAGCUGAUGGAUGGCUUCGUGCGACGCUUCUCUCAGCCGUUUGUAGAUACUUUCCGGAGUGCCUGCCUCAACCGCUGUCGUAUUCGCCGGACCGUAUGCCAUACCAUUGUGGACUGGGAUAAUCUGCAAAUGGAGGCCGAGGAUCUCGACGAGCAGCUUCGUGUUUUGAGUGGAGAACCUCCAUUAGAGCUUCCAAACGGCGAUACGACAUACGCAUACCCGCUUAGCAGCUGGACUUACCACCAGAAGCUCAUUCAGUUCCGCCUCAUCCUUCAACUCGGAUUUGAACUUUCCAUCUAUGCGCCAGAAGAGCUCCCGGGAAUGUACUGGUACCUGUCCCAUAUCUGCUCAACACACCUGGGCCACAUUGAUCGAAUCCGCACAUUCAUCGUUUCCGCUGCGCAACGGAGUCGACUAUCCUCAGCAAAACGCGCCCUGCUACGAAAGUCGUUUCUCCUCUUCGACCGACUCACCACGCAGAUUAUCGCCAUUGACGCGUUCGCAAUAUCCUUACACGCCCUCUACGUCCUCCUAUCCCGUCACAAAAUCCUCCCAACCGCCUCCUCACCGCAAGCCUACUCCAACGAUAAAUUCCGCUACGAGCUUCGUAUGAAACCAUUCCUGAGUAUCACCCUCCCCGAGCUUGUCCCCUACGAUGAAUAUUACCGCGAAGCAACUCUUCAAGGCGACAGCGACGAGAUCGUCCUGGAACGCGCAACAAAGGCGAUCGGCGAGGCUCGAAAGGCCUGGGAAGCAACGCUCGCCAACGGGCCCUUCCUGGAAGAUCCCGACGGCGAAAAGCUCGCUGCCCCGGCCCUCGCAGAGGACUGGACCCGCGAUGUGAAGGAUACAAUGCGAGCUUGUAUCGGUGCAAGCAUUGCCAUCGAAAGCGUGAAGAAGGCAAUUCUCGCUCGCGGCUCUCCCACGCAAGACACUGAAACACUGCCGCCACUGAACCUAAAAGCCAAUAUUCCGGAGGCAGGGGAGAAGGGUCGCUGGCAUGACUGGUGGGUGGUGCCUCAGGUGCUGCAGGUGCAAGCGCAGCCAAAGGCCAAGAAUUGA